AAGAUAACGUCAAAUUUUAAUUCUGAGUUUCCUCAGUCGCGUUAAUUUUCUGACAAACAAUGAAACUGGUUUGAAAUGAAAAAUUAUGCGCACGAUUUGCGAGUACCUUUCGGUUCUCCGACUUCCAUAUAAUAUCAUGCAAGCACAUGAGAAUGUCGUUAAAAAGCUCAAUGAGGAAUUCAAAAAAGUAGAUAAGGCAUUUCGAGAAAGUGACAUGAGAGUAUUUGGUGAAGACUCAAGCGAGUUGUUUCAACAAUUGAAUGCGCUACGAAGGAAACAGAUUGACAUAGCCAGCGAUCAUGUUUCUUUAGAUUCCACUUGUGACCUACACUCUACACAGUUGAAUAAGGUCACUUCAAUAGCAAAAGAUACAGAAAAGCAGCAAAUACCUCACCAGCAACAAGACAGAACAGCACUCGCGAAGAGUUUUGAGAGAAAAGAAGCAAUGCUAAAGAAUAUGAUGCAUAAGUUAGAUGAUUUAACACAAACAAUGGACAAGUUUAAAGAAAUUGCUCAAUCACGGCAUGAAGAAAUCAUGAAUGGUGGUCGUAAUGCGAAACAUUGAACAUAUUGCCACGAAAGUUUGAAUUGCGUAGAACAAUCAGUAAAGGAUAGCAUGACAUAUUCAAACCAUUGCAUUCGAUUAUGUUUCUUUCUAUAAGCUCAGAUGAUAUCUAUACUCUAAUUUGGAUUUACUAAUAUUAUCCUUGAUGGCAAAAAGAAUACAUGUAUUUUCUUGCCCUUUCAUAUGGGUAACUUAUCGCUGUUAAAUCGCUGCUUAGUUGUCCCUUACAGUAUGACAGAAUAAAGUGCCCUGACAGCCCUUGAGGUUGGCCUAUUUCAUAUGUCAUAUGUCAUGUUCCUUGCUUUCAUAUAUCAGUAAUGAAUAUUGCAAGAUUAGCUUUGAUACUUUAUUAGGGAGACA